CUACAGACUGCGCAUGCGCACAAUCAUAAGCAGAGGAAAAAAGGUCACGAACUCUGACCCUCCCACCAACUGCAGCAAACACUUAAAAUAUUAAUUUAUUGAAGUCAAUUCACAAUCUGGCAUAAGAUUUUCCCGUCAGUUGUAUGUGCCUCAUGGGGCAUUGAAUUGAAGAGAAGUGGAGGUAAAUACAUAUCAGAAUGGAUGGACAAACUCAAAGGAUUCAACUCGUGUCAGCAGAUGGUGGCAUGGCACUGGGACACAGAAUCCAGAUCGUAACUGAUCAGCAGACUGGCCAGAAGAUUCAGAUCGUCACAGCAUUGGAGCCAUCCUCCCCCGCAAAGCAGCAAAUUAUUCUUGCAAAUGCUGACUAUUCUUCAGGCGGGAAGGUGAUCUUGGCCAAGCAGGAAGGCUCACCCAACAAGGUCAUCCUGGCCGCUCCAGAUGGCUCUGGGGUCAACCAGCUGCUCUUUACCUCUCCUGAAUUGGCUGGGCAGCAGAUUCAGUUUGUAACCGAAGGUUCAGACCAGUCUGUUGUCAAGCCAGUUGUGGAGUACUGUGUUGUGUGUGGGGACAAGGCCUCAGGGCGUCACUAUGGAGCUGUCAGCUGUGAGGGCUGUAAGGGUUUCUUCAAACGGAGCAUUAGGAAGAACCUGGUGUACACAUGCAGGGGCAACGGAGAAUGUGCCAUCAACAAGCUCCACAGAAACCGCUGCCAGUACUGUCGACUGCAGCGCUGCAUCGCCCUGGGCAUGAAACAGGACUCUGUUCAGUGUGAGAGGAAACCUGUUGAAGUAUCAACCAGAGAGAAGUCUGUCAACUGUGCCGCCUCCACAGAAAAGAUCUACAUCCGCAAGAACCUGUGUAGCCCUUUGGCUGCUACGCCCACUUUUGUAACAGACAAGGAAACAGCAAGGUCCACAAGUUUGCUUGAGUCAAGCAUGCUGCUCAAUAUCCAGCAACCCUUCUCCAAGCUAGAAAACACCAUCCUUGUCCCGGCGUCACCUGACACAGAUGAUCCAUGUCAGGGUGACCUCAGCACGCUGGCCAAUGUGGUGACGUCCCUCGCCCACCUCAACAAGACCAGGGAGGCAAGUGACACCAGCAAUGAUCUGAUGGGAGUUGAAACCCUUAGCAACGGCGACAGCUCCAUGACAGAUAUCCAAGGAGACGAACAAACGGCAAGCGAGAUCACUCGAGCGUUUGACACCCUGGCCAAAGCCCUGAACCCUGGGGAUGGCUCAGCAGGGGACUCGUUGGAAGCCACCAUGCAAUUGAUGUCGGGGGACCAGUCAGGCCCUGUGGUCGAGCUGGAAGGACCUCUGCUGUCCGACAGUCAUGUCCCCUUCAAGCUCAUGAUGCCUUUGCCUGUGCCAGAGUACCUCAAUGUGAACUAUAUCUGCGAGUCAGCUUCUAGGCUACUUUUUCUCUCUAUGCACUGGGCACGUUCCAUACCUGCCUUUCAAGCCUUAGGUGGUCAAGAUAAUGACAUUAACUUGAUGAAAGCUUGCUGGAAUGAAUUGUUCGCCCUGGGUCUGGCACAGUGCUCCAGUGUCAUGAAUGUUGGUACCAUCCUAGCUGCCAUUAUCAACCAUCUGCAGACAAGCUUACAGGAAGAGAAGCUGUCCCCAGAGCGAGUGAAGGUGGUAAUGGAGCACAUCUGGAGGAUGCAGGAGUUUUGUAACAGCAUGUCCAAGUUGUCUCCAGAUGCUUAUGAGUACGCCUACCUCAAAGCCAUCGUUCUCUUCAGUCCUGAUCACCCAGGCAUAGAUAAUAUUCUGCAAAUAGAGAGGUUCCAGGAGAAAGCCUACAUGGAACUGCAGGAUUAUGUCACCAGGACCUACCCAGAAGACUCCUACCGGUUAUCCAAGCUGUUACUCCGUCUUCCAGCCCUCAGGCUGAUAAGUGCAGCUGUCACAGAAGAGCUGUUUUUUGCUGGCCUCAUUGGCAAUGUUCAGAUCGACAGCAUCAUCCCCUACAUCCUCAAAAUGGAGUCCACCGAUUAUAACAGUCAGGUGGUGUCUGGUGUCUGACAUGGACACACAUGAUGCAUUCAGCCACUGGCAACAAUUGGACUUUCAAGACGAAACAGUGGGCCAGUCAUUGUGCUCAGCAGGCAGAUCAACCCAGUGCUGUGAAUAAACUCAUUAUGGCCACCUCUAUGGAUUCUAAAGUUUUCCCUCUUACCUUGUUGCUCCUUCCUGCAAUCCAAUGACCCGUCAGCAACCAGUCAGUUCCUAUUGGCCCAGAGACCAUGGCUCCUAAAGAGCACCAGUAAAAUCCACACCAGUGGCGAGCAAGCUUACGGUUACCUUCUGAUUCAGGAACGAACUCUUGAACUCUGAAUAGUAGAUUGUGCUUUUUAUUGUACAUAGUAUUUUAUGCUCCAUAUCCUCCAAGGCUUUCAUUUUGUGCAUAUUUUGUUCUUUUGAAUGAAUGAGAUAUUGUUAUUUUUUCCCACUGCUUUCUCAGCUGGUUGUGCUUUUUUAAAUGUUUUGGAGAAGAAGAAAAAACUUGUCAUAAUGUGAACUGAUUUGUCAGGAAAUGUUAUUGCUGAAGGUUAUAACCUUUUAUAUUUUAUGUUUGCCAAUCCAAAGGAUAGGCCCAGCAUUGUGAGUCAAAUAAUGACAUAAUAUGGAUCUGAAGUAAUUAUGUAUAUAGAUAUGUAUAUAAAGCAAGCCAAAAGGUUAUCAUGGGCAAUAGUUGCUUAAACAUGAGUUCCAUCUUUUGGACAAGAUAAUGUAGUUGCAAAAUGAUUGUCAAGUCAUUUGAAAAUUAAAAAACAAAAACUUUCACUUAUGUGUCACUUGUAUUGAUGUAAGUGAGACAUCAUUUUGAUUAAUAGACAAUACCAGUAAAACUUGACGAAGCUUGU